GACCCGCUGUACGGCUCGUGGCAGCGCGGCGUAGACUGGUUCGCCACGGCGAUCGGGAUGCCGGCGGAGAAGAGGUACAACAGCGUCCUGUUCGGAGGUCUCAUUGGCUCGGGCUUCUCCCUCCUGCAGUUCCUCUCCGCGCCGCUCACCGGGGCCGCGUCGGACUGCCUGGGCAGGCGCCCCGUGAUGCUGCUGUCCCUGAUGGGCCUGGCCACCUCCUACGCGGUGUGGGCUGCCUCUCGGAGCUUCGCGGCCUUCCUGGCCUCCAGGGUGAUUGGGGGCAUCAGCAAGGGGAACGUCAGCCUCUCCACAGCCGUCGUCGCUGACCUGGGCUCCCCGUUAGCCCACAGCCAGGGCAUGGCAGUCAUCGGGGUGGCUUUCUCCCUGGCCUUCACGCUGGGCCCCAUGCUCGGGGCCUCCCUGCCCGCGGAGACGGCGCCCUGGCUCAGCCUGCUCUUCGCAGUGUCGGACCUGCUCUUCAUCUUCUGCUUUCUUCCGGAGACGCUGCCCCCGGAGAAGCGGGCGCCCUCCCUCACGCUGGGCUUCCACACAGCUGCCAACCUGCUCAGCCCCCUCGCCCUGCUCCAGUUCAAAGCUGUUGCCCACAGCCAGGAGCCCCCUAGCGCAGACAGGCUCUGCAGCCUGCGGCGCCUGGGCCUGGUCUACUUCCUCUACCUCUUCCUGUUCUCGGGUCUGGAGUACACCCUAAGCUUCCUGACGCACCAGCGCUUCCAAUUCUCCAGCCUACAGCAGGGCAAGAUGUUCUUCUUCAUCGGUCUCACCAUGGCCACCGUCCAGGGCGCCUAUGCCCGGCGGAUCCGCCCUGGCAGAGAGGUCACAGCUGUGAAGUGGGCCAUGCUGCUGCUGGUGCCAGCCUUCCUCCUCAUCGGCUGGGGCCGCUCGAUGCCUGUGCUGGGGCUGGGGCUGCUGCUCUAUUCCUUUGCGGCUGCAGUCGUGGUGCCCUGCCUGUCUUCUGUGGUUGCCAGCUAUGGCUUACCAGGGCAGAAGGGAACAGUCAUGGGCACACUGCGGAGCCUGGGUGCCCUGGGCAGGGCAGUGGGGCCUGUGGUGGCCGCCUCAGUGUACUGGCUGGCUGGAGCCGAGGCCUGCUUCACUGUGUGCGCGGGGCUCUUCCUGCUCCCUGUCUUCCUCCUGCGGAAGCUGAGGCACCCAACACCAGGGCUCAAGGCUGAAUAGCUAAAGUGCCGCCAGCCCAGUCGGGACCAUCAGGACGACUCCCCACUGCCAGAGACCCCUUCCUGCCCUGCCUAGCAAUGGCCUGGGGAGGGCACCUCACCACUCUGCUGCACUCCUGGGGUGAGGCACCAGCAGCAAACCUGGGCAGCAGAGCCCUGGGUGCCUUGCCCUGCCUGCCUCACUCCCCCCGCCUGAGCAGGCUCAGUGACACCAAGGCCUUCAAGCUUCUGUGCACGUUCUGCCUCAGUGGCUCAGGCCCUGGGCCAGGCUUCUGAAUGACAAAUAAAGCAGCUAUUUUGUACCAGCA